AGUUCUGAUCAAGAACACCAAGCUACGAGUCCAACCUUACAAUCCAGGCUAUACGAGUGCAAUUUCUGCAAGAAAGGUUUCUCAAACGCUCAAGCACUGGGAGGCCACAUGAACAUCCACAGGAAAGAUAAAGCGAAACUGAAACAAGCUUCAAUGGAGAAUCAGAGGUUGAUUGAUGCUCAAGGAAUGCCUAAUAAUCCGUUGACUCCUUCGAGCACUAGUCCUGGAAAUAACAUAGCAUCAAGUGUGGCUGUCGCGGAGUAUUCGGGUCCAAUUAUACAAGCUAAUUCCGGAAGCUGGCAAGAAGAGUUUAUAUCUGGCCAAGGAUCUUUUGGUGCCGAGUUGGACCUUGAGCUUAGGCUUGGACAUGAGCCUCCGAAAUCAACGGUUGUUACGGGAACAAGAAAGUUCUUCUGAUAAUGAUGUUAAUCAUGAUAAUCCUGAUUACAUGGUACUUGCCACUUUUCGAUUAUAUACAAAUUAAAUAUGUCCUUCCUGUGCUCCUUUCUCCUUUGGUUUCAGUGGUCCCUUUUUUAACUUGUUCCUGAAAACU